UCGCACGUGAUCACGCUAAAGUCGAUCGAGCGUAAUAGAGAAAUAUAGAAAUCUUCGUUCUCGCGGUUAAUUUGGUGAGGAUUUCAACUGAUCAUUCUCUGCUCUCCUUAUUAAAACGUUUUAUCUACCGUUUCGAAAUGUCCGAGAAACGCUGAGGUUUUAUCUCUUUACUCUUUUUCUCGUCCUCGUUCCAAGACAAACACGUUACACCGCUUCCAGAUCUCUACAAAUUACGUAUGAACUUUCUAAAAUAAUGAAAAGAUAGAAGACGGAGUCUCGAUAUAUCUUCAAGAAGAAAGGCUUGAAGAUUUUUCAAAAAUUUGAAUUUCUUUCUUUUAAAAAGAGUUAUUCGAAUAAUUACGCACAGUUCGUUAUCUCGAAAAGAAAAAAAUUGCAAACUCCUUUCUGGAAUGAAAAAAUCGUGAAAAAACGUAUGUUUCGGAAUGCAAUCGGCGGUGUUUGCGUAUUAGUUCGUGGAAGAAAGUGUCUCUCGAGGAAAAGCGAUGCGAUCGCUUGUUCCCCGCAGACGUGACUGACCUUCGUGUUUCUCGCGCGAGGAGGAUCUUCCUCCGUGGCGUCUCGCGAGGAAAGCGAGACACCUGGCGUUCAACACUUAGCUCUUAGGGGCUAAUGCUUUUUAAAUCGAUGGACGCGUGCACGGAUUCGAUUAUUUUCAAAGUCAUUGCUUCGAACAAGGAGAAAGCUAACGCGGUUGCUGGCAGUUGUUACGUUGCGCGGCCAGCGAUCCUCGCCACGCGGAUUAGAUUAAAUAUUAUAUCGGCUCGGGAAGAACGGAAAAGAAAUCAUUCUCGCGAUGAAGACGAUCCGAGCGGAAGAUAGAAGCGGAAUUGAGCGUGGCCGAUGAAUCGAUAUCCGGGGAAGGAAUUUCACGAUUCCGUCACGUUUUCGAAGGAUUGAAAAGCGGCACGCGGAGAGAGAUCGUCGUCACUCGCCGUUGUAGAAUAAUAUCGUGGUGAACCGCGGCUGGCCGAGCGCAAACCCGACUCGUUCCCCUCGGAAGAAGCGCAUUAUUGCGUGCGCCAACUCGAUUACAGGCCAUUCGACGACGUCCUGUUCAACGAUUAUACGCCGAGAAUCGCGACUGCCCGCUACGGAAAUCGAGAGAAAGAUGAUGCAAAAAAGACUUGCCGCGCGAAAGCUCCUCCUCUUAACGAUAUUACUGUGCGGCAUCUCGAUCGUCGCAUCAUCGACGAGCAGGGAAAGGCGGCACGUCGGCGCGGAGGAGGCCGUUGAUCGAGGGGGGAGGACGUUGGCCGGCGGUAGCAACAGUCAUUUCAAGUCAUCGACCGGCAGAGAGAACGAGAUAACCACGGAAGUCGGUAGGAAAGUGUCGCACAGGCUGAUCGGUGGCCACUUGAGCGGCACGGAUGCGAAGCGGCAGUCUUCGUUCUGGGACGACGACAUCCUCUUGUCGUCGUCCGGGAACGGGAAGGAGGGGAAGGCGGGGCGCAAAGACGAGGACGACGACAGGAAGACCCUCUCGCAACAGGUGAAGGAGGGUAAAUACGGGCUCAUCCAGAACGAGAUCUACGCGACCGGAUCCCCUAAACGGCCCGGGAUAAUUAGCUACUUGGGCAACCCGGAGGUGCCCAAGGACACGAUAGAGAAUCUCGGUGGCCUGGACGAGGAGGAGAUCUGGCUUGCGGAGAAUCACGUGCUCGUGUUGAGGGGUGGGAAAUUUCCCGGCCACGAGGCGACGCGGACCGGGGACGACAUCGCGCAACACACGUGGCCACCGAUCGACGAUUACAAGGCGCCCAGGAGGCAGGUCAAGAUACCUGCGAAACCGAAGGUACCGCCUCCGUUUCCGGUACAACUCUCGGAAGGCGGGCCCAUACAGAUCAUCGGGCCGAACGGGACCAAGGAAAUCGGGGCCAACGGGACCUUCGAUUACGGGAAGGACGCGUUUCUCACCAAGGGAUUACUAUCGGAGGACGACCCGUUUUUCACGGUUGUCGCCAACGGGAGCGUGAUAUCGAUGCCCGAUACCUCGUCGGGGAACGCGUCGUCCGACGAAGGAAAUUCGAAUGGAAAGGACAAUGAUGUUUCGCCGCCCCCCGGUUUCCCGCCGUUUUAUCACGCGAUACCGCCUGGCGCCGUGUUCGUGCCACCGCCUGCCAACAACAAUCAGUCGGAUUACGACGAGGAGGAUCAAUCCGUUUACUACCCGCCCCCGUACAGCUUCCAUUAUCAGCAGGACAACGCGACGGCCGUGCCGCCUGGCCCUUUGGUGCCGGGCAUCAUUCUGCCGCCCCCGCCGGAUUUCUUCUCCGCGCUCGAGGACAAAAAGGCGACGACGAAGAAGCAGAGGCGGCCCGAAACGACGCCGUUGCCGAGGCCGAGGCCCACCUAUCUACCGCCCAGAAAGCUCACCACGAAACGAUAUAAGAGCACGACGACCGCCAUACCGAUCGCGAAGCAAGGGUCGACGUCCGUCGUGGAUGAUCGCGUGACGAAAGUGUUCGGUAGAAUAACCUCGAGAAAAAAUUCGACGCAGGACGCGGUUGGGACUGUGAGAUCGGCAGCCAGGAUGAAAUUAGGAACGGUUCCGUACGCGGAGGUUACGACCUCGACGCCCGAUAAAUCAACCACGCUCGAGAAUCCGGAAGAAUUGUACAACGUUGGCCCGUUGGCGGAGAAUCAGGUCCCGACGAGGCAACGGGAGAGCGAGCAGAAGAACGAUGGUUGGCCAGGCGUGGUAACGGGUAAAACGAUUCCUGCGAUCGCCUACCACGCCACGUCCACGCAGUCCACCUUGGAGAGGCCCGUCGAGGUGACGCCGGCCUCGAUAAAGAGUAUCAUUACCACCACCGGCAGCCCGCAACGAUCGCACAACGGCCAAGCUUCCUACUAUUUUUACGAGGAGUCGAACGACGACGAGCAAUCACCCCUCCGCACCACCCCCCCGAAUCCGGUUUAUUACGAAACUACAACGGAGUCGCCGUUCUUCCAGGGGAAGAAGAAAGAAUAUUACAGGGUGGAGACAGUUCCGUCGAUGGAUCCGUCGAAGGAUUACAACGGUAUUAGGUUCGUAGGCUCGCCGGCGAAAAAUUCCGGGCCAAUUCGUUACAGCGAGUCGACGAUCGCGCAAAGUUCGUCGAAGUACAGCAGCCCGGCGAGAGCUCACGGCCAACGCAUGUUACCUGAUCACCCGCCUCUUUACUAUCAGACCGUACCCGCUCGUCUACCCGCGCACCCUUCUUACACCACCUCGAAGCCACCGCAGGUUUAUUACAGGCAGGAGGCGAAACCGAAGCCGAUUUAUCAGUACAGUUUCGAGGCGGCCGAUUACUCGAAGCGAAGCGGUAAUCAGAGGCAGCGGGUUAACGCUGCUUAUCGAAACGAUUAUCAAAAUAUUCGAAUCGGGGGGGAUUACAACAACGGGGCGAGAUACGAUUACGACGAGUCGAUCGGCCAAAAGAGAAUUAGAACGGAAGUGUACAAAAACCAGCAUCCGAUCUUUCAAUCGAGCACCACUGCUCACUCGGUGAUAAGCACCACGGAAAAUCCUCAACAGGUUUAUUACACCCGUCACGAGGAGAAAUUGCUGGACGAUGUAACGAAAGAGUAUUUCACGAUCUUUGGAAAGAAGAUCGGGAAGAAUAUACCGAGCACCACCCCCCUCUACCCCAACAAACUGAAGAGCGUGACCGAAACAACGGGUUACAACGGUUACGCGGAGAAUUUCAACAGCCCCGAACCACCCGUGUACAAGAUACCCAACGUUAAGGUGCGCUACGGGGACCAAUCCCAAAAGCCGUACUCCCUCAAAGAUGACAUACUCGUCAACGAAAGGCAACCUCUGCCGCCGAUCAAUCCCGACAGCGAGUUUAUCACGGUGGUCGAUCAUCGACGACAACCGUCCAACUAUGGAAUACACGACAACAAGCAAUCGGGGGACGAUCGACCGUUGGCGGCGAUUCGCGUCUAUCCGUCCGAACAGCUCGUGAAUCAAAGGAUCGGCCCGCCCAACAGCAACUACGUGCCGGUGGUGGAGUCUCCCGAAGAAUUGGACGACGUUGGUUACCCACAAUUGCCCAUAUCUCUGGAGGACGAUAUCAAAGUGAAUUAUCGGGACCCACGGCCCACGAUAAAUCCCGACGCGGAGCUGAUCAAUCUGGAGGACGACAUCAAAGUGAACUACCGCGAUCCGCGACCCACCUUAAACCCGGACGCCGAAUUCAUCGAGCCGAUCCCCGAGAACCAGCCGGAAAAACCGAAGGCGUAUUUCGCGUACCGAUUGCCGGGCGACGGAGGCCACUUUUACUUCCUAACGCCGCAGGCGAUCACGCAGAGGCCGGAUCACAGCGCCGGAUCACACCACCUCUACUCGAGAGCGGGAACGAGGCUGCCCAGACGUCGACGGAGGCCGGGCAACGUGUGAUACGCUUUGUAAGGCAGCGAACGAGUAAUGCCAUAUAUUAAUCAUCGAGGACGCACGAUGGAAAUGUGUGUCAUAUAGAACGCAACGCGUGAAUCGAACGACGUUCUGUACCGUUGCUAGGAUAUUUAUUGUACGUGUAAAUAUAUAUAACGUGUAUCUCUUGUACGAUUAAGAUAGAUGAUUAUCGACGCCUAGUUUAUGCUAUAUUAAAUGCUUAAUUUAUACGCGAUAUCUAACUCUAUCCCCGCUUUAGAGCGUGUAUGUGUGGAUGUAUGGAUGUGUUAAGUGUAAACGAUAGUGCGCGACGAUAGGUAAAGCGCGGGUCCUUUUGAAAGAAUAUCGUGUACUCGCGCGUUGUCUGUGAUUAAUGAUCGAUAGUAAACGCGUAUUGUGUACAUAUAAUUAUGAUUGACGAUAUUUAGAUUCUGUCGUAGAGCGCACAGAGCGCAUUUUUAUAAACCGUUAAACCGAAAUAUAACCGAUGCAUGCAUGGAAUAUAAAUAUUGUUUGUACGAAGUUUCCUUCCUUUGUGUAAGAAGAAAAGUAAUUAAUAAAGAUAUUACGUAUAUCGAUAAUCAACGUAUACGAUAGUUUCUACAGGGCAGUAUUUGAUUUCGUAGUGGUUGACACUGAUAUUAUUCUUUUGUAUUUCUCAUACGAAAUGAAUCGAUUAAAAAAUUGUAAAUACUUAAUGAUAUGCGUUUAAUAAACGGUAUUAUUAUAUGUA